CAAAUUGCUCCUAAAAAACUCGAAGGAACCUUUCAACUAUAUAUGUAUGUAUAUAUAUAUAUCUACAUUGAAAACCAACCAAGAACAUGUAGACAGGCUCUCAACCUUUCCUUUGAGUGGAGAACUGUUCCACUUUCUUCUUGUUGUUAUCUCUUCUUUAAAUCAAACCAACUGUCUUUGUUUCUAAUCCAACCUCUUUGUAGUAGUCCACAUUUUCUUGUACAGAUUUUCAAUGGAAAUUCAGUUCCAACAACAUAAGCAGCAUAAAAAAUCAGGUGUUCCAAUGAGCAAAACAAGCAAAUUCAAGGGAAGAAAUAGGCCUAACAACAAUAACAAAAAGUUUGUUGGUGUUAGGCAAAGGCCUUCAGGGAGAUGGGUAGCUGAGAUCAAAGACACAACGCAAAAAAUAAGGAUGUGGCUUGGCACCUUUGAGACAGCUGAAGAAGCUGCAAGAGCUUAUGAUCAAGCUGCCUGCCUCCUUCGUGGAUCAAAUACUCGUACCAACUUCAUCACUCAUGUCUCCUUGGACUCUCCUCUUGCUUCCAGGAUUCGUAAGCUCCUCAACAACAAGAAAGCAGGAAAAGAACAACAAAGGGAAGAAGAAAAUCUUGAAGUCUCUACCCCAUCAAACAGUACCCUCAGCAGUAGCACUAGCAUUAGUAGCAGUAGCACUAGCAUUAGCAGCAGCAGCACGAGUGAUACCAAUACUCCUAGUGAGAUAAUCAAUGAUACCCAGUUUUUUGACGAUGUAUACAAACCAGAUAUGAGCAACUGCAGAGAGGAAUUUGAAUUGGGUUCUUCACCUUCUGAUCUUUCAUGGAGUUUUGGACCUGGGUUCGAUUGCUUUUCAUUUUCUCAGGAGGUGCUGGACUUCCCCAGACAUAUGCCUUUGCCAGAGACAAUUGCAAGUCAUCUGGAAUUCACAGAAUUUGAUAGGAUGAAAGUGGAAAGACAGAUAUCAGCAUCUCUAUAUGCCAUGAAUGGGGUGCAGGAGUACAUGGAAACAGUUCAUGAUCCUAUUGAAGCUUUCUGGGAUCUCCCACCAAUAUGUUAAUUACCUUAAAAGAUUGGCCGCCAAGUUAGAAGAACAGACACCAGUUAGAGAUAGAGGUUGAAAUCUUGUUGUCUAUAUUUGUUCUCCUGCUGUUUUGAAAAUGUUACAGCAUAAUUUACGGAAAGUCACCUCUAGUGUUUCUAGAAAGUCUUCAAAGUCAUCAAUGAGUGCAAAGUCUAAGAAAUCAUGUCUACUAAAAUAUAUAUUUGUUCUCCCCUGUUUAAA